AAUGUCCGGUGGUAAAGGUAAAGCAGGUUCAUCCGAAAAAGCAUCAACUUCCAGAUCAGCCAAGGCUGGUUUGACUUUCCCAGUUGGUAGAGUCCACAGAUUAUUAAGAAAGGGUAACUACGCACAAAGAAUUGGUUCUGGUGCUCCAGUUUACUUGACCUCUGUCUUGGAAUAUUUAGCUGCUGAAAUUUUAGAAUUAGCCGGUAACGCUGCUAGAGAUAACAAGAAGUCCAGAAUUAUCCCAAGACACUUACAAUUAGCCAUCAGAAAUGAUGAAGAAUUGAACAAGUUAUUGGGUCACGUUACAAUUGCCCAAGGUGGUGUCUUGCCAAACAUUCACCAAUCCUUAUUGCCAGCUAAGAAGCCAAAGGCUGGUAAGGCUUCUCAAGAAUUGUAAACUAUUUAGGGGUAUUACUGUAUUUGUGUCUUUAAUUCUUUAUUAGUGGUUUAUUAACCUAGUGUAUAUUAUAAUAACAGUUUAUUUUGAGUA